CUCACACCGUCCCUCUCUCCCUCUUUCCCUCCUCUCUCUGCUCUCACUCACACCGUAGCUCUCUCCCCGGCAGCUGCUCGGUGGACUCUGGAUUUCGCCGCCGCAAAGAUCGGUUUUAGCGCUCAGAACACGAGGGAACAGAAGAGAAAACAGAGCCGUUUACAGUCCAUGUGGAAGAGAUCUCUAACAAGUCCUGGGGAAAGGGUGAUGUUUACAUUGGAGUCCUCGCAAUCAUAGAUCCAUCAUCAACGGAAACGCUCUCAUCAUGGAAACCACCUACCUCCAGACUGCCCUCCUUGACCCCCCCUGCAGAGGGUGUAAUUGCUGAAGGAGGGGCAGUAUUACUGAGACAAGCUUGCCUGUGAAGAAGAGAAAAAAACCACACAAAACAUGUAGUGUACCUCUCUGCAAGUAGGGGGGAGGGUCUAUAUUUUAGUCUGAUUUAUGUUUAAUUUAUUUUCAGUUUAUUUGUAUCUCCGCAACAGAUUUGUGUAAGCUUGUUAAGAGCGUGUAUGUCGGUGUGGACAUAGCGUGAGGAGAAAGUGACAGAGAGAAAUACAGAGGGAGAAAGGAGGGAAGAGAUGGUUCUCCACACCACCCCUUACUCCAGUGCCUGUCUGCACUUCCUGGAUGGCCUGUCGUGGAGCCUGGUGUUCCCCUGCUACUGGCUCCUGGACCAGCUGCUGGCCUCCUGCGUGGCCACCUCUCUGGAGAAGCGCCAACGCUCCCAGGACCCCUGCUCCUUCCUCACCCUGUGUGUGCUGAUCUCUGCGCCCCUUUACCUGCUCCUCUUCCUCGCCUCCCUGCCCGUCGCCCUGCUGGGUUUCUUCAUCUGGGCUCCCCUGCAGGCCGUCCGCCAGCCGUACCUGUACACCUACCGCAGACCAGACAAACACCAGGCCGAGCAGGGCCAGGCCGGGCCGGCGGGGGCGGGUGUCGGGGAAUGGAGGCCCCAGGGACGGAGCUUCUGUUUCUGCAGCGCCAACGUGUGCCUGCUGCCCGACUCCUUGGCCAGGUUCAACAAUCUGUCAGACACCCACCGGAGGGCCCGCGAGGUCGGGAAGAGGAUCCGCAACGGGGCCAGUCGGCCUCAGAUCAAAAUCUACAUCGACUCACCGACCAACACUUCCAUCAGUGCGGUCUCCUUCAGCAGCCUUGCCACAGGGUUCCGCCGUACCUCCUCUCUGGACCAGCGUCCGGACCAAACAUACACCACCAACGGUCCGGCCGACACAGAAACAGAACCCCCCACCGAGUGCCCAAUCCACCCCUCAGGUGCCCCAGACUGCCCCGUCCACCCCUCUACAGGAGACCAGGGUUCCUCUGACUGCCCCCUGCACCCAGAGGGAGAGGUCACGGCGGCGGACUGCCCGCUCCACUCCGCAGAAACCAACGGCAGCUCAGACUGUCCUGUCCACGACCCGGGGGAGGGUCCGGACUGCCCCCUGCAUACUACAGGGCCUCAGAGUGGCCAUCAUGACUGUCCCAUGCAUGGGGAAGGGACCCCGACCAAACCUUACUCAGAUUGCCCUGUUCACACCUCAGGGGUUCAGAUCAGCAUCAGCGCCCCAGAGCCAGACCCUCAGGAGGAGGAGGCUGAGACAGGGAACCACAGGGGUGGGGAGCCGGCGGGGGGAGACACGGGCAGCAUGACUGCCUCAAGGGAGUCCCUCACCCGUUACCAUGGCGGUGACGGUGUUGGGAUAUCUUCCAACAACACUCUCUCUCACGUCCCUCGCACGUCAGUCUCUAAGCGCCCUGGGAGAAAACGCCGCCACGGAGACGAGACGUUCGACCACGAGAUCUCCGCCUUCUUCCCUGCCAACUUGGAUUUUAUGGCUCUACAGGAAGUGUUCGACCACGGAUCAACCACUAAACUGCGGCGGCAGUUGCAUCGCUACUUCCCCUACGUGCUGAGCGAUGUGGGCCGCUACGGCUGGAAAGGAUGCUGCUCCAGGUUCAAGUUCCUGAACAGUGGGCUGAUGCUGGCCAGCCGGUACCCCAUCCUGGACGCUCGCUUCGAGUGCUACCCCAACGGGAGGGCAGAGGACGCUCUGGCAGCCAAGGGCGCGCUGUUUGCCAAGGUUCACGUGGGCACCUCCCAUCAGGAGCAAAGGGUUGUGGGAUAUCUCACGAGUACGCACCUCCACGCCAUAGAAGGGGACGCCUCUGUGCGCUGUGAGCAGCUGGACCUGUUGCUCCAGUGGGGGGCGGAGUUUCGCCGCGCCUCCUCCCAACCCCCUGAAGGAGAGAAGGUUCUGGAGGACCUGGUGGCCUUCGAUGUGGUCCUGGGAGACCUCAACUUUGAUAACUGCUCUUCAGAGGACAAGCUGGAGCAGCAGCAUGCACUUUUUACUCAAUACAAGGACCCCUGUCGCCUGGGGCCGGGGGAGGACAAACCAUGGGCUCUGGGUACUCUACUGGAUCCCAGCGGCCUUUAUGACGACGAGGUCAGCUCACCUGAAAGUUUACAAAAAGUGAUGGAGAACGAGGAGGGGAGGAAGGAGUACCUGGUGUUUCCUCCCAGUAAGAGCCAGUGUCCGGCCAGCAGUCAGAAGGGGAGGAAGAUCCCGCUGAAGGGCAACGGGCGGCGGAUCGACUACAUGCUGUACAGCGACGAGGGCCUGCAGCCGGACUGGAAACUGGACAUCGAGGAGUUCAGUUUCGUCACCCAGUUGGCCGGCCUCACUGACCACCUCUCUGUGGCCAUGCGGUUGGCUGUUUCCACGGGGGAAGAGGAACCUUAGAUUGACCGCCUGAGCUUUUUUUAAAUACUGCCAUGGAGGAGUGACAGAUGACCAAGAGGAGAAGAGGAGAUGAAGAGUUUACAGAUACGGAGCUGCAUGAGAGAGACAAAAUGCAGUUUUGCCAGAGGAUUGAGGGGAAAGCAAAUGGACGGAUGAAUCAGUGCGAGAGCGCUCAGUGGAUGAAUGGAUAUAAAGGAGGUGGAGGAGAUCAGCAGCAGAGGAGUGAUUUCAAAGAGAAAGACUCUGGAGGGGAGAGAUAAGCAGGGGAGUUCAGUUUGGAAAGCCAGAAAGAUUUGUUAUCUUCCUGGGUAAACCACCCACACACAUACUACAUUCAGUAGAUAAAACACAAACACAAUGUGACAUUUUGACUGUUGAAUAUUCCACACUCUUCUCCUCCAACACUGAACUGAAUCCAUAGGGUUUUAUUUAGCGUGAAUUGUUUUAUGUAGCCAAUUUAAACCCACUUCUUUUAUGGGAUCUGUUUAGCCGUAGUUAUGAUUAUGAUUCUUUUUUUUAUGAUUCUUCCUUCAGGGACAGUUGGAUAUACUUUAGUGACUGUGUAUAAAAGAAAAACACACAUAAUAUAAGUGAUAGGAGAGAAGCGUACAGCUAUGACUGGCCUUUACACUGACCGUGUGUGUCCUUGUGUCGUGCUCCUUCCUGAAUGGCUGUCGGUCAUUCAUCCUGCUACUCCCCCCUCAGUCCCAGGAACCUCAACAAGUGUCUUUUUUUCUAAAAAACAAAACUAGUCUUUCUAAAAGGGAGAAAAAUAAUAAGAUACAAUUUCUAUUGUCGCUACACCACUUUUAUAGGGAGUUUAAAUGCCUGUUUAAUACUAUAUGGUAUGUUUCUAAAAAGAGGUAUUGAUGGAUCCCUUUCAAUGGUUUUAGCUUGUUUUUUAGCCAUGACUGGUACAGAUAGACCAGAAUUAUUGGUGUAAUAACAGGAACUGAGGCUUUGCGGAUGCAUGAUGGGAAACGGUAUCAGUUUACAACAUUAAUAUAGCGUCUUGAUACACUUGCUUGCUUGAGUCUGGCUGCUUGAUGAGUCAAGAAGCAUUUUGCCCUGAAACACACACUUACUGUAUACCAGUGUGACAUACUGUAUGUGCAUGUGAGAAUUCACUCUACCGAUGAAUACACAUAAAGGGAUUCACAGAAACAUUCAAAGGCACACAUUAUGUACAGGGGGACUUCAGGUGAUGUCAAAUACCCUCUGGCAGCCAUAUUGAAACUUCUCAAAUGACAACAUUUGACUUGGAUAUCUUUGAGAGAAUCGAUAUCGUUUAACUAGCUUUAGCUGUCAAACCAAUGUAGCUAUCUGGUUAGCAAGCAAUCACUGUCUUGUAAGCACGUCUGAUUUGAUCAUAGACCAACAUACAGUAUCCAGGCAGGUUGUCGAAUGGAAGAGCAUGAUAACAUUGUGACGCAACUGCAAAACAUCUUCAUACAGAAACAUCCUGGAGACAUUUUUGACAAUAUGCCAAGUUUAGGUACACAAAAAAUGUAAACAGUCACAGAGAUGAAGACAACCAAAAGGUAAUAAAUACAUAAACAUCAUAGCAAGUACAUUAAUAGAUUAAGUGUAUUACUACAAUGCCACAUAACUUCAGGUGUGUUCAGACUGAAUGCAAGGCUUUAUGGUUCUAACUCAUAAACUAACUACAAAUAUACUCAAAAUAGGAGAAAGAUUUGUAAAAAAACAAGGAAUAACUGGGCUAGAAGUCAUAUCUUGUACUUGUGUUGCUAGCAAGUUACAGCUAGCGGUUGUCAGCUAUGAACUAAUAGCUUUUUGAGGCAAAUAAACAAACUGCACACAGCAUUCAACAUUGCACAAAUAGCACAAGGCUAAAAAUGUGCUUCUCAUUCAGUCUAAACACACCUUCAGAGUUCUUCUCCCUCACCAGUCCUUACGUUACUUUAUCCCCACACUGCUUCAGUUGCUGGUCGGACAACAGUGCACUUAUAGCAUCAUUAUAACUCAUAAUAAUGCUAUUACAGCAUCAUCUAUAAAUGAUCCUUUAACUCCCAAUCUGUAACAGGCCAUGGUGUCAAACAGGAGCUGGAACUUUGUAAAGAGCAGUGAUCAGUCAGUAACCAUUGAGACACAUGUAGAUAUUAAACUGCAGAAAUGUUUCUUUGGUGCUCCCUGUGAACAGCUGUAUUGAGUGGUAGGCCACUACCAUCACCUCAAACUUUAAAAAAAAAACAAUGGAAGCUGAAAUGUUAGCAGGACUCCAGAACUAUAAUAUACUGUACUGGGAACAUAUGGAUUAUGGUUGUGCCCAUGUAGUCAUCAGUCAAUUGGAGACAACUACCAAACUGUGCUGUAUAUUACUUUUAGGGAUGUGUAUGGGAAAUGAAGAAGCCUGUUUGUCUCAAUAAAAACAUGCAUUACAGAAAGAGUUUAGGUUUACAGACACUGUUUGAUUUCCAUGGUCUGCACGGAGAAAAAUGUUUACAACCGUUACAUGGCACCAGAGAGCCAUGUAACAACACGGAUGUUUGUGUAUAUUUGGACAUCUCUCGUGUUAUUUUUUUCAAAACAAAUGUGCCAAUUUGGUAUUUCUCGGAUAACACUGUGCUGAGUGGUAACACAGGAUGAACACACAAGGUGUAUAAAACUGCUUAUUAUGUGACCGUAUUAGUUGUUCUGUCAUUUUCACAUGCAGUUGAGUCUACAUGUCACCUGGCUGCUACGACACUCUUUGUAUGAGUCAUUAUGAAAAUAAUGACUAAUAUACGUAUCUGUGCUUUUUUCAAUUUAUGUUUUUUUUAAGGAUGACUUCUCAGAUAUGGGUACAGAGGGAUUACAUUUCAGUUAUUGGUAAGAAGUCAUGUAUAUACUCUACAAUCUAUGGUGAGUAACAGAAAGUUGCCACCAUUUCCCAGAGAAUCUGCUUUUAGGGUAAACACGCUGUUAUAAGCACAGUGGUAGCCAAUGUAAAUAUGUAUUCUGAACCUUUCCUUUUACAUUUAAUUACACAAUCUUAAUACUGCCAAAACAUUCAUAAUCAAGCAUGGAGAGAUCUGAAGUGUCCACACGAUGGCCUUUCGUGUUAUAGUCACAAAAUUAAUCUAUUGAUUUGUGUUCACCAACACGAUUUCCCCCAUUUGUUUCGUGUCACACAGAACGAUUUUAAAAGCAAUGUAAAUAAUAACAAAUUAG